GUGGUCUAUUUCAUGGCCUAUGAAGCUGCAAUAACCGCUUUUAUUCGAAGGGACAGGAGAUACCUCUUUGACGGACAGGUGGAGAAGGACCCAGAGGAAGAUGAUCGGCUGACGGCAUCUGAGCCGAAACAAUUUGGGCCAGCACCAGACCGCGGCUGCACGGAUUUGUGGUGUUUGGCCGUGCUGCUGGCAGCAUGGCUGGCCUGGUUUGUGGUCACCAUCAUGGGGGUGACGGAUGGCAACUUGGAGAGGUUGUAUCAGCCUCGGGACUACCAGGGCGCUUAUUGCAAUCUUGAGACAAAUUGGAACGGCGGGCCGAACUUGCUUGGCUACACCAAGCAGAGCUUCACCAUGAACGUGAGCGCCGUGACGGAUGUCAUUGUGAAGCAGAUGAUGUGCUCUACUGCGGCCUCGCAGGUCCUGACACAGACAGUAUCAGGCAACUCGCCUUUGCUGGGCAAUUUGGACCAGCAGGACUACCUCUGCUCUUGUUGUCUGAUCCCCUGCGACAAGUGCUCUGGCUCGCUGCAGGUGGGUGGAGACUUGGCCAAUGUGGCGGACAUCGCCAGCGUGAUCACUGCGAAGCUCACGGAGCUAAGGGGCAAGGUCAGCCCAGACAACCUCUUCUCCCCGUCUGGUGCCAAUGGUGAGGUCUUCUCAGAGAUGUGGAGCGAGGCCAACCUCUACUUCAACGAGGUGUGCCUUACCAGCUGCAGCGCAGACUUUGCGAGCGUGAAUGGCUCUGCGACUCCCCGGGAGUACAUCUACGACAUGGUGCCCGACAGCGAUUUGAAGCUCGCCUUCGACACCAUCAAGAGCUACUCAGGCUCCCGUGCGGACGUGACCGCCAUCCGGACCGUGAUCAGCGACAGCUUCAAGUUCGAGGCCCUGCCGCUCAGCGUGUGCCCCUACAGCGCCAAGCGCUGCGUGCCCAUGCCGGGCGUGGAGUUCCAGGAGCUGACGUCGAACUACUGCACCUUCUCCAUGACGGCAGAUGUGGUGAACACCCUGGGCUCGGCCUUCAGUGCCACCUUUGAAUCUCUUGGGAUGAACGCCUUGGGGAACUCGAUGAUGGACACCGUGGGCACCUGGAUCGGGGACUUCCAAUCCUCCUUGGAUGCCUUCGUGCUGGUCUUGCUCGUCUCCUUCCUCAUCGGAUUCAUCUACAUGGUGGCCCUGAGGUUUUUGGUGGGCGUGUGCGUGUGGAUCUCGGUCUGCCUUUUCUUCGUGAUCCUGGUCCUGGGCGGGGCAAUGUCCUUCAUCUCCUCCUCGCGCUGCUCAGGGGUCGGCAUUUUUGAGACUGGGCAGCAGCUGGUGGUGGGGGCUGCGACCACGGUCUCUGUGGCAGCGCAGAAUGCGAUCGACCAGACAAUCCCCGCCAGCGAGGUGCUGUCUGGUGUGCGGGACUCCAACUACACAGGAGUCCAGCGCUACACCCAGAUGGGGUGGCUUUGUGCGGACUGGGGUGCGGCAACCAACGCGGAUCCCUCCUACAACAGCACCAACUACCCAGACUCCAACCUGGUGAAGAACUACUGUCGCAAUCCCUUCAAGGACGCGGACAGGCACAAGGCCAGGACCAUUUGGUGCUUCACGCAGGAUACGGAGGUCCGCUGGCAGGAGUGUUCGCCCAUCGGCGUGAUCAAGCCCAUUUGCGAGCACGGGUACGACAUCCAGAGCGAGGAGCUGCGAGUGGUGCUUGAGAUUGUGGCCUACAUCCUGUGGGUCCUGGCCCUUAUCUACUGCAUUGCAGUUUGCUGCCUCACUGACAGGAUCCGCUUGGCCAUCGCGGUGAACAAGGUGGCCUCGGUCUUUGUGGUGCACACCCCCCGGAUCCUGGUGCUGCCGGUGGUGCAGUCCCUGCUGGCGGGGAUUUGGACUCUGGUCUGGGGCAUCUCUGCCGCGUUCCUGCUCUCCCAGGUGCCUAGCGGCUACGUCCCCUCCGGUGCCUACCUGACCUACGCUGAGGCCUAUGGUAGCGCCACAGUGCCAGGCGCCUGCACCGACAAGUGGCCCACCGGCAGCGUGUGGAAGGACGAGGAGAACUGCCCGCUGGUGAACGGGACUGCUGCCUGCUGGAAGUGUUCUCCCCCGCGCUACUCCUUCGACUGGCGGUUCUGGGUCUCCUUCUUCAACUUCUUGUGGAACAGCGCCCUGAACAUCGCCGUGGGCCAGAACGGCGAGAAGGGGACACGGCCCGCGAUCAGAAGCUCGUUGUACAACGUCUUCCGCUUCCACAUGGGUUCACUGGCCUUUGGCGCCUUCAUCAUCGCGGUGGUCCAGCUUGUUAGGUACAUGCUAAAGUAUUACGAGAAGCAGGCAAAGGCGCAGAAGAAUCGCGUCCUGGUGAUGAUCCUGCGUGCGCUGCAGUGCCUGGUUUGGUGCUUCGAGAAGUGCUUGAAGUUUCUCAACAAGAACGCCUACAUCCAGAUCGCGCUGAUGGGCACCAACUUCUGCACCUCUGCCAGGAAGGCCUUCUUUCUGAUCAUGCGCAACGCCCUCCGCUUCGGCACCGUGGCCAUCCUCGGGAGCAUGAUCCACAUGAUCGGCAUCCUCGCGAUGACGGCGGGCACGGCCACCUGGCCGGACCUCCAUGUGGUGAUGGGCUACUUCAUCCUCUCGGGUCUGCACCCGAACAUGGCGCCGGCGGUGCCCAUCCUGACGAUCUACGUGAUGUUGGGCUACAUCGUGGCCAAGCUCUUCACCAGUAUCUUUGAGCUGGCGGUAGACACAACCCUGCAGUGCUUCCUCUGCUGCGAGGAGCUGAACAUCGCGGAGAUCGGGGACGAGGGCUUCGUGCCGUCCUCGCUGGCGCCGUGGCUGGACCAGUCCCAGGCUCCGGAGAAGGCCUCCGCGCAGAAGGUCCAGGAGGACGAGGCCGCGCUGAACAAGCAGUGAAAAGCGGUGAAGCGGAAAGGGAAUCCGCCGAUGGCCGGCUUUUGCCCCGAAGCAAAAGACAGGGGGGGGAGG